AUUACUCUAUCCAUAAUAUUACCUACAUCUAUCCAUAAAUUCCUUCAAUAAUCGAUCCAUAGUAAUUGUGCGAAAUGAGUUGGGGAACAGAGUUAUGGGACCAAUAUGACAACCUGUCAUCUUACACCAAUAAAGCUAUUGAUUUUUUAGACGUUUUCUCCAAUUUCGUUAGACAACGUUGCAUAAUUGAAAUCGAAUACGCCUCCAAAAUAAGGCGCUUAACAAAGAACUUCAUUCCCAAAAAAUCUAAAGACGAUGAUUACUAUCAAUUUUCCUACACUAAAGCGUUUUUAACGCUUCUCAAUGAAACGAACGAUGUUGCGGGCCAACACGAAGUCAUAGCGGAAAAUUUGACUACCAACAUAGCUAACAAUUUGAGCGAUUUGAUCAAAAAUCUUAAAGAACAGAGGAAAAGGUGUCUGUUAGAUGGCAAUAAAUUAAACAUCAAAUUAUUAGACCAAGAGGACACUCUCAGCAAGAGCAAAAAAAAUUACGAGAAAAAUUAUAAAGAAUCGAUCAAAGCGCAAAUUGGCUAUGAAAAAGCUGACGCCGACCUCAACUUAUCACGCGCCGAUGUUGAAAAGCACAGAGCCAAUUCUCAGAAUAAGACGAAAUGCAACGAAGAAGCGAAAUUACAUUAUGGGAACAGGCUUUUGGAAUACAACGAGAUGAAACGUUCCCAUUACAAUCAUCAUUUGCCAGCCGUUUUACAAAGACUUCAAGAAGUGGAAAGUGAUCGGAUAAAAAAUUAUUCCGAUUUUGUGAAAGCCUACGUCCAUGUUUGCAAAAAUGUGUUGCCAAUAGUCAAUACCUGUUAUGAUAACAUAGAAAAAGGUGCCAACGAGAUAGAUCAUGCACUGGAUAACAGAUUGGUGAUAGAGAAAUAUAAAUCAGGCUUUGAAAUUCCAGAGGACGAACAGUUUGUGGAUUUAUCAGAAAAUGCCAUGAUGACGGACCAUCCCUUAACUAACCCACAGUUCAUCGCGCAUUCCAAUCACAACAAUAAGGUUGCAAUCUCCGACCAAAAAAAUGCCAAUCACUUUUACGUCAAUAACUCAUCAUCUCAAAUAUGCAAUAGUAGCCUUCAGAAUGUCAAUAUUUUGAACACUAAUAACUCUUCUAACCAUACCAGUUCCAACUCUAAUUUUAGUUCUUCCACCAAUAACCACAAUGAAACAAAACCAGGUACUAACUACACUGUUUCCUUCAAAAAUACACUCUCCAAAAAAUCGCUCAUCAAAAAGCGCAACGUUCUAUUCAAUAUAUUCGGCUCUCAAAAGGACGAUUUUAGUGAUUUGCCACCAAAUCAAAGACGCAAAAAAUUAUUGGCCAAAAUCGAUGCCAUUAAUUCGCAAUUAGCGCAAGAAAAAGCCGCAAGAGACGCUAUGUUGAGGAUGAGGGAGGUUUACGAGAAAAACCCCAGCAUGGGAAACCCUUUAAGUAUAGAUGGUCAACUUAAUGAAAGUUCGCAUCGGCUAACCAAACUUAAUAACGAACUCAAUCGAUACCAGACUUAUUUACGCGACAUCGAAUCUUCCAUUAACCUUACUCAUGCCAAAUCUCCUUGUCAAAACCAGCAAAACAAUCAAAAAUCUUCCAAUAAUCAAGACAAAAUCAAUCAUAGUUCCUCUUUUUCAAUCAACAGUCAAAACAACGAAAAUAGCGAAAAUAGUUAUCGGUUAAAUGACGGUUCUCUCAGUUCGGAAGAUUGCAGUCUGAAAAGGGAUGAGUACGAUAUGAUAGAAAAUUGCCAAUAUUACCCCUCCCUAGGUCACUGCAUAGCCUUAUAUGAUUUUGACGGUUCUAGCGAAGGAUCAAUUCCCAUGAAGAUAGGCCAAACUUUCGAAGUCGUGGAGUUAGACCAAGGAGACGGUUGGACCCGGGUCCGAAUGAAUUACAACAAUAACGAAGAUAAUUUACCUGUCAACAACAAUUCCGAAAAAUGCAACUCCAAAGAUUCCAAGAGUUCCGCUUCGAAUUCCAACAAAUCUUCCAGUCUGAAUGAAGACGAAAAUUAUUGCAUAAACCGCGAUUCACACUUAGCGAACGGUGUCAAAGUCAAAUGUUCGAUGACAUCAACAGAAAAUCCCUCUCAACUCAAUAAUGGCACUAUCGAUAAUUUAUCCACUAGGGACGAGAUAAAUCCGCUAUUGCUAGAAGGGUUCGUUCCCACGUCCUACGUAAAAAUCACGAUGUACCUAGAAAUUGCCAAAUAAUUAGAAGAAAAAAUGAUUUAGUAUAAAAAGUCCGGAUGCCCCGCCAUUUUUUUGUCAAAUGGGAAUUAAGCAUGAAAUAUAUAAAUAACAGGAAAAAUUUAUUCGAAAAAAUAAUAACACUCGCCUCUUUAUCAAAAAAAUAAUUAACCAAAUAUCUAAUAUUACUUAUUAAUUAUAAAUCAUGUUAUUAAGCACGUUGUUUUGAAUCUUAAAUUUAACAUUUUAUAAACUACUUCAAAUUAAAUUGUGAAUAUCAAAAAUUCCCUAAAUUAUUAAAUAUCAAAAUUAAUAUUUCAAAAGUCCAUUUUAAAUAAAUAUAUAAUAUAUAU